AGGAGAGCAGUAGACGGCAGCUGGUUUGUGACGCAACACAGAGCAAAAGAUAUGAUGCUUGGAAGAUAACUGUCCUCGUGGGAUGGCUUUGGCUACCUCUUUACAUCACUCUAACCGAGGCCCUGCAGUGGAGAGAUUUACUGCGUUUCUUUUAUGCAAUCAAGGCAGACUUUGAUACGAACGCGGGGAGAGACAGAGUGCACCUGAAGCUGGCCCACAAGGAACAGUCAGCCCCGGGCACUUGAAGGAGAAGAGAGGCUUCCCUACUCAAGUCGCUGUCUCCUGAUAGCUGAACAUUCUAGAAGCAACCUCUAAGGAGAGAAUGAAUUCUAAAAGAAUGCUGUUAUUGGUUUUAUUUGCUUUUUCACUGAUGUUGGUUGAGCGUUAUUUCAGUAUCACCGUGGGCCUGGCGGUCUUUGCUACUGGCAGGUUUGCAGAGGAGUACCUGAGGCUGUUCCUACACUCCGCGAAUAAGCACUUCAUGACAGGCUACCGAGUGAUCUUCUACAUCAUGGUGGACGCCUUCCUCCAGCUGCCUGACAUAGAGCCCAGUCCUCUUCGAACGUUCAAAGCAUUUGAAGUGGACGCCGAGAGGUGGUGGCUCGACGGCUCCCUGGUGUACAUGAAGAGCCUGGGUGAACAUAUCACCAGUCACAUCCAGGAUGAGGUGGACUUCCUCUUCAGUAUGGCGGUCAACCAGGUCUUCCAGAAUGAGUUCGGGGUGGAGACGCUGGGCCCGUUGGUGGCCCAGCUCCAUGCCUGGUGGUAUUUCAGAAACACCAAGAACUUCCCUUAUGAGAGGAGGCCGACCUCAGCAGCUUGCAUCCCGUUUGGACAGGGGGAUUUCUAUUAUGGCAGCUUGACGGUUGGUGGCACGCCCCAUAAUAUUUUAGACUUCAUCGAGGAAUAUCUGAACGGAGUUAUUCAUGACAUCAAAAAUGGACUCAAUAGCACCUAUGAAAAGCACCUGAACAAGUAUUUUUACCUCAAUAAACCCACCAAGCUGUUAUCACCAGAAUACAGCUGGGAUCUUGCAUUUUCUCCUCCUCCGCAGAUCCAAUACGUCAAGGUUGCACAUGAUUCCCACAGGAAAUUAUGAAUUACGCCGUUAGGUUUAUGUCGAAUAAACGAAUCACGGCAAUUUCUUAUAAAUGAGGGAAGUCUUAAAACUCUCCAUUUUUUAGAGACAUACAAAUGUACAUCCUUCCCAAAUAAAUGUUUCUU